UUAUAACAGACAUCAUUCGUUUAUCACCUUCCUUAACAGCGAGGAUAACUUUCCAUCUGUGGAAGGCCCCUGGUGCACUAGACUGUGUCAGUUCUUUGCGCCAUCUUUUAGGUGCAGAUUGCAUUUGAGGUGAAUAAUGGGUGUCUUUUUCAAUUUUAUAUCCCCAUUCGUACGUUGUUUCAUCAAGCCAUCUGCCACUUUCGGCACUAUUAAUUAUGUACUCCUUAGUUAGUAUCCACUUUCCUGCAGCACAGGCAGCUAAGAACUUUUCACUCUUGCAAAGCUUUUUCGCUAUAAGAUGUGUACAAUUUCUGUAUUUCUUAUUAUCAAAGAAAACACAGUCCAGUUUGAACAGCAACUCAACUAGUGCUUUCUUCUCUCUUUUUCUAAACCCAGUUAAUUGGAUUCUCCGUUUCAGGCCACCGCUCGCCAUGCCUGGCGGGAGGGCUGCAGCCGCCAUUUCGCGCCCCGCUCCUGGCCGGGCCCUGCCCCGGCCGCUCCCCGGCGCCGUGGCCGCCUCCUCCCGCUCCGCCUCCGGAUGUGGCGGCGGGGCCGUUCCGGGCCGUUGUCACCGACGCUCGGCGGUCGCCUGGGGGUUGCGGGCGCGGAGUCGAGCGGGACUUGGGGGCGCCCGGCCGGAACCACUGAAAAAACGGUUAAUUGAACGUUAUGCAUGGUCUCUGAAAAUCAAAGAAGAUUUCAGUUACAGAGAGAACAUACUGAAGAUUCUGAAUAUGGAGUGGGGAGGGGAGUAUUCUCUCGAUUCUUCCAAUUUAGACUGUUUGUUAAAUGUCCUUCCUGGAGAAUCAGAGUUUCAACAAGUCCUUAAUGAUAUUGAUGAAAAAAUAAAGAAGAAUUCUUCCAGCAUGGAACAGUGUCUUAAAGACCUGCAAUCAGAAGUAAAUGAAAUAUGUACUGAUGAAAUACUGCAAAGCACGAAUGACUGCCUUCAGUGGCUAAACAACUGCAAUUUUAUUUCUCUCAGACCUUCAUCUACACCACAUGGAGAGCUGAUGGAGUUCCUCAGGACUCUGCAAAGCUUGCUGAAAAAUGAGCAAAAUCAAGAAGAAAUGAUACUUCAGUUCCUUCUGGAUCUCUCUAGUCAGUGUGGUGUCUCAUUUCCCUGUACUCCAAGCGGGACUUCUUUUGAGUUUACAUCUUCCAUUCAUACCAUUGAGGAUGAUUCAGCUAUGGACAUGAAAUCUCUCUGGGAUGAUGUGAGAUUGCAUCUUCGACGAUUUUUAGUAAAUAAACUGCAAAGUCAAGAAGAAACAAAUACUAAUGCUUCGCAGCAACAAAUACAGUUUAAAACUCAGUGCAUACAGCAACUUUUGUUUCUUUACCCUGAAUCAGAAGUCUUAACAAGGUAUCAAAACAUGCAGAAUAAACUGGUUAGUGAUCUUCUACAGAACUGUAUUUUGUCUGGCUCUGGUGAAACAAAUUUUGAUAAAGUCAUUCAUGGCUACCAAAGUUCAAUACCCACAUUAUGCACAAUGAUAAAAGAAGAUUUCUAUGUAUUAAGUGGAACUAUUGACCCUUCUUCAUCAUUGAAGUUUAUUAAUGAAACUUAUCUGGAUACCAUCACUGAAGAAAUAACAGUUCUUCUUGAAAGACUUUGCGAGCUGCAGUUCAAAGAAAAUGCUCUGCAUAUAGUUAAGGCAAACAAGAUUUCAAAGAAGCAUAGAGGAACAGUUCAUGCUGUGGCCUCCCAGGAAUACCACAAAAAAGGAAGGAAUUUCUGUUUAACGUUGUAUCAACUCAAGUGUCUUUCUCAACUCAUCAAACUCUUUUUAUUAAUGGAAGAAAAAAUUGAAGAACUCUCCACAGAAAUUUUGUUGGUGCCUUUAUUUACUGAGAAGAAUAAGAAUGUUGAAGGAGUUCUGAAGAAAGCUAGUGGGGAGCUUUUAAUAGGAGAAACUAGAGCAAAUGAAACCAAUGUGCUUCCUGAACAGUUACUUCAUGUAAAAGAGCCUACUUUACUGAAUUUUGGUUGGAGAAAUGCGUUUAAGGACCUGUCUUCUUCUGUGGCUCACUAUAUAACAAUAGCAAUUGAGGAUUUUUCAACUAAAAUUCUUCAACAUGAGCAGAAAGAACAGUCUUCAGCUGCAGGCUAUGCAAUGAGUCUUGUAAACAACCAGCAAAUGAGGGAGUCCUGCAGAGCAGUCCAACCGGAGGAGCAACCAAAACGAAUUGCUAAGUUUUGUUCUGACAUCAUGGAAGAACUUGACACAUUGCUUCCAUUGGCUCUGGCAUGCAGAGAUGAUUCUCUUCAGGAAAUUAGAGCAAACUUUAUAGAGGCCUGCAGCAAAGUAGCAACAGCUGUCCUGGCAAGACUAGAGGAGAAAAGCAAAGACGUUCCCUCCAAGGCUCCUCUACAAAACUUGUAUGCUGCUCUUUCCACAGCGAUCUAUGUCUUUCAGCAUUUUACGAUGUAUAGCAAUUUAAUGAGAGAAAACAGCAAAAAACCCCUGUUCCUAGUGCCUGUCCAACAAUAUCAGGAAUUCAUCAACGUUCUCCAGUUUCAAGUUACGAACUACUGCGUCAGAGUUUGUGCUACAAGCAUUUUACAGGAUGCUGAGAGCCACCAUUGGGAUGACUACAAAGCUUUUUAUGAGGGGGAAAGAUGCUCAUUCUCUGUCCAGAUGUGGCAUUACUUCUGCUGUGCUCUUCAUCAUGACCUAUGGACCAUUCUACCUCCCAAGUUAGCCCAGGAGAUUCUUACCGAUGUUCUAGAGCAAUCUUUAGCCGUGCUGUCCUCCAGAUAUAUGCAGGCCUGUCCCAGUUACAAGAGAACCCCACAAAUCAGAAUAGAUAUUGUAGCAAUUUUGAUGUCCACUGAAAACAUGCUGUGGUCAGUUUGCAGUUCAGUACAGGAAUUUCUGAAUCCACAUGAAGACAGAGAUCUCAAGAUCUAUAAAAUACAUACCCACUGCAAUAAUCUGCUCUCUGUGCUAGCUAUUUUAACUUCACCACUGAAGAAUUUGUAUGAGACAUUUCUGAACAAUUCUGGAGAACAUCUUCCUCAAGUUAUUUCCAAAGACUUUUAUCACCCAUUACACUGGUUAUUUUGCAUACCAUCAUCCUUUCCUUCCUUACUGAAGAGUCCAUCAGCAGGAGAAAUGGCAGCCCAGGGUCAACUGAAACUGCUCUUAUCCCAGCCACAUUGUAAUUUGCACUUGCUUUUGGAAACCUUGCUACAUCAUGAUUGUCUCUUAGUGAGAAUUUUACUGAGAAGUUCAAGAAGUGAAGUAUUGAAUUGCGAUGAACGAAGUUCCCUCUCAGAACAGAUAAAUAAAAAAGAGCCUACUAUGAUUGAAACAAUCUUCACAGUAUUAUCUCACUGCAUUUUGUCACCUAAAUCACUAGGAAUUGCUUUUGAGACCUACAUGGAAAAAGAGCACUUGUGGGAUUACUUAUACAGCAUGACAGUUUCCAGUUGUGGCGAGUUGGAGCCAGAGGUUAUCAAAUGCUUGAAGCUGACUUUGAUUAAUUCAGUCAAGGGUAUAGUGAAGCAGAUAAUUUCUUUGAUGAAUUCAUGGGAGGCAACAGAAAACUAUGGAACAUAUCAGCACAAGCAAAUAGUUCCUGAAAGUUUACUGAAAACAGUUCCAAAGGAAUGGAAUUAUACACCUCGGGAAAUGAAGAGAAAGGAGUCUGGGAAAUGCUUCACAAGGCUUGCAGCUCAGGCAGUAUCUAUUGUAAUCAGCAAGUUACCUACAGUGAUUGCAUGUUUGCCUCCCCCAAUUAAGUACUUCUUUUUUCUGGCUGAGAGAAAAAUGUCAAGAAACUUUGCUGAAUUGAAGAAAGCUGGUCUGCUUGUCUGGAACUUGAUUGUAAUUAUAUGUCGGAUAUUUGAGGAUGGAAAUACUGCAGAACUUUUAACAGGUGCAACACUUGACAGAUGGAGCAAAGAAAAACUCAGUUUAAUUCGUGUGUGCUUAGAAAGUAUUAUGGGAAAACAGAAAAGUGGUCCUAAACAAGUGACCCAGAAGGUUAUACAGAGCAUUGAACAGCAAAGACCAAACUGGAUCGAAAGCCAGUUGCUGAAGGCAAGAAAAUUGAGCACAGGCUGUGGCUCGGUUGCAGUGGAAGGUGCACCGUUAGAGGAAGAAGGCAUUGCACUUGGAUUCACUGAGCAGAAAAUAAACAUGAUGGUCCUGGAUAUCUGCCACAAGCCAGGUGGCAGCGAGUACCUGAGGCAAAUUUAUCACAUCAUCCAGCUCAAUGAGGAAUAUUUGAAAGAGCAGCUGUCUUGUAAGAAUUACUCUGAAGAGAGUGUUACCUCCAAUCAAUGCCUGCCUUUGACACUGAAGGGCAGAGAAGAGCAGGCUGUCUUCAAUCCUUUCCAGGUGUACAGCCAAUCUUGUGCAAAAGUGUUCAAUCAGUCAACCAUUACUGAAUGGAACUGGGAUUGGUCAAAUUUCCUGCCAAAUUAUUUGGGACUGAAGCAGAUGACCUUCAGGGUGCUGCUGGCACACAGAUGGGAGAUGAAAGAAGGUGCAGAUCUGGAAGACGAGGAGAAAGUUAUGGUGGAACACUUAAAAAAUGUUUAUUUGACACAAAGCACUCCUACCUCAGAGGAUAAAGAAGAAUAAUUACCUUGACAGUUUUUCUGUACCAACAGUCUCAAGAAGAACUGGCAAUUGCCAAGUAUUAAUGACAUAAAGUGGUCUUCUGUAUUAAGAUUGUAUAUAGACAACUAUCCCUAGCUGAGAAGGAGACAUUUAAAUCAUGGCUAGAGCAAAUUUGAUGACUACCAGUUUGGGCCUUUUAGAUCCACGGAAACUUCAGCUGCUGAUAGAUUGCAACCACCUCUGGGACUCAUAAAAUGAUCUAGAUUGGAAAAGGCCUUCAAGAUCAUCAAGCCCAACCAUCCACCUGGCCUACCAAGUUCCACCACCAAACCACAUCCCUUAGUGCCACAUCCACACAUCUCUUAAAUACCUGCAGGGAUGGGGACUCCACCACUUCCCUGGGCAACCCGUUCCAGUGCUUGACCACAUGAAGAAAUUCUUCAUAAUACCCAACCCAAGCACAACCUGCCACAACUUGAUACCCCUUCCUCACAUCCUAUCACAUGAGAAGAGAGACCUCUUUAAAACUUUCCCAAUAAAUAAAUACAUUAAUUAAAAUGACUGUUGUAGAGCAAGCUUUCACUCGUAGAAAACACCUGAUGCAUGGUUAUCAAUGCACCGAAGCGUGUUCUUUAAGAUAACUGUUAAUGACAUGGUCAUACAUACUUUGUCCCUUGAUGAAUUCACUAGAGGACAGAUAUAUGGUUACACAAGCAACUGUGGGGAGUUUUUAAUCGCAUAAUAUCCAAGUACUUUACUUUUUGUCCCAUAAUCUCUUUUUCCUAUGUAAAAAGUUCUAUUUACGUGAUACUUGGCCUCCAUGAGGAAAUAACACUUCAUGUGUUAUCUUGGCUCUGUUUUGUUCUCCACCUCAAUGACCUUCAAGCAUCCUUGAAAAACUUACUGCUUAAUGUUUGAUAUAAUUUAGAGCAUAGGUGCAGUUCACACUGUUCUACCUGGACAAAUAAUUCAUUUUCUAAAUUAACUGUCACAGAGACCUAAAGCAGAGUAAGUCCUAUCUGGGUAAUUAUUUGAGGUUUGGGGCUGUCUGAACGCUCCUCCUGCUCUUAAUGGUCCACACGCAUUUCAUAAUCUAUGCUUUUCGAUUGUUCUAAGCUACCUGCAGUACCUGGGAUAAUGGGAGCUAUUUGUAUACUUUAUUUUUUGUUUUUCAUUUGUUUGUUUGUUUUAACUAAAACUAAUGUGUUCUGACCUAGGUUUUGUGUCCUUGAAGUUCUCUGAACUUUAAAUUUAUGUUUGGAAAUCCAUAACUCACCUGUUUUCCCAACUGUCAAACACCUACUUACAAACCAAUGUAGCUUAUGCCUGCUCAAACCUGAUAUACCGUCUUAGGGAACGAACAAUUUAAUAAAUGUAAAAUUCAACCUGACCACCUGCAAUAUUAUCAUACAAGAAAUGUAGUAAUCGUCUUCACUUGGAGUGUCACCUCUCUGUAUAUUUCCGAAAUAGCACCAUUAUGGAAUUGUUUACUUAUGUUCUGUACACUUUGUUGAUAUCUUCGAUUCUAUAUAAUAAACAUUACUUAAAUGGUUUUUUUUAUGUAGAUUAA